AUGUCUAAAUCCUUCUCCGGUGCCGAGGCCAAUUAUGACACCCAUGAUAAGGAACUCCUAGCCAUAAUCAAGGCAUUAGAAGAAUGGCGGAUCUUCCUAGAGGCAACGGACAGACCAAUCCAGGUGUUUACAGAUCAUAGAAACCUGGAAUAUUGGAUGCAGGCAAGGACUUUUAACCAACGGCAUGCUAGAUGGCGCAUAUUCCUGAGCGACUUCAAUUUUGAGAUCCAUUAUUGCCCAGGAAAACAAUCCGGGAAGCCAGAUGCCUUGUCCAGACAAUCGGACUAUGUCAAUACCGCCCAAGAACCCGAAGUCAUGUUACCGUCAGAGGUCUUUGCAAACGCAUCAGAAGAAGAGCUGGAAAUUGUUACGGAAGUACGCUCUAAACUGAGGGAAGACCCCUCCCUGGAACCUAUCAUCCAGUUUCUGACCGAAGAUGCUGAUAACGCCCCUCCAUCAAUAAGGAAGGCUUACAGAGACUACAACUGGGAAGAGGAUCUCCUAUGGUACCAAGGGAAACUGGUGAUCCCAGACAAUGAGCCCCUAAAGGAAAGACUCCUCAGAGAAUUCCAUGACUCCCCCCUAGCAGGACACCCGGGUCAGCAAAGAACCCUUGAACUCCUGAGCCAAAGCUACUGGUGGCCAGGAAUGAAGUCUACAGCCAAGGAAUGGGUAGAAUGUUGUCCCACCUGUCAAGCCAACCGACGUGCGCACGCUCCUGUCAUCUCCCUGAAACCCCUAGAAGUCCCACCAUUUCCCUUCCACACCAUCUCAUACAACUUCAUUACGGGGUUUCCCAAAUCAAACGGUCACGACGCAAUCCUAGUGGUCAUUGACUCAUUUUCCAAGUUUGGACACUUCAUUCCGACCUCAAAGAAAGUCACAGCCAAGGGUCUGGCGGAUCUAUUUGUCAGCCACGUAUGGAAGUUGCACGGAUUACCCAUUAGGACUAUCUCGGAUAGAGGCACCACAUUCACAGGAAAAUUCCUUAGGGCCCUCUAUCAAAGGUUGGGAAUCAAGCCAUCAUUUUCCUCAGCUUACCACCCAGAAUCUGACGGACAAACGGAACGGGUAAACCAGUUCAUUGAAUUCUACCUCCGUUCUUACGUGGCCGCGGAUCAUUCAGACUGGGCUACGUGGCUACCUUUGGCAGAAUAUGCGUACAACAACGCCAGACACGCGUCCACAGGAAAAACACCCUUUGAAUUGGUCUAUGGAAAAAUCCGGUGA